AUGACCCACUUCCUCCUCCGGUUCAAGAAGAUCCACUACUACAUCAUCCCCCUCAUCGCCCUCGUGGUGUGGUGGGGCAUGUUGAUUGCCAUGAUGUCUGCCUGGUCCAUCCAGGGCCAUCCCAUCUACCCAUUCAUGGGCUUCGUGGAGCAGGAUCCCGUCUACAUCUCGGAUAUCGGAGCAACCAACCUCCAGCCGCUCUUCAUCUCGUGUGCUGGCUUCCAGGCCAUUUUCUUCGUAGGCACACUUGUCAUGGAGUAUUACCUCAGAACCCACAAGAAGUUGCAGCCGUACGUGUCCAGCAAGCAGCCCAAGUUUGCCAUCGCCAGUAUCGUGUGUGCAGUGAUUGCCCAGUUGGGUAUCCUCUUCGUGGCCAUCUUCAACACUAAGAACUUCCACUACGUGCAUCUCUCGAUGGUGGGUAUCUUCAUUGCGUUUGCGUUCUUUGCCUGUGCCUGCAACUUCUUGAACUCGUUCAUUUUUGGCCAUUACCCACAGAGACUCAGUCCCACCCACGAAAAGGUGAUAUUCGGACGCCAUCGCUGGUCCAACAUCUACAUGGUGUCGUUCUUUUGUAAGUGUGUGUGGUUGGUGUGUGCAGCUGCCUUUGCGCUCAGCUUCGGGAUCUUGAUGAAGAAGGGCAAUGACUCCAAGUCGGCUAUCCUCGAGUGGACCAUCUCCUUCUUCUACGGCUUGUUAUUGGUGAUGUGGAGUAUGGACUUGUUCCCCUCCGCCGUCAAGCACUACAGGGUCAGACACCCCAACGAGUUCGACAACUCGUUCCAGCAAGAUAUCACAAAGGAGGACGAGGAAAGAUCGAUUUCGACGUUUGGGGCUCCCACAUACGUACCCAACUCCGAUCCUACCACUCCAGUCAGAAACUUCGACCCAGCCCAACGCCCCAUAAUAGCUAACGACCCACCUACCGCGUACUAG